AUGCGGCUGGAGCAGGAGUUGGAGCAGCUGGUCCUGAUGCAGGGUGUCUGGGGCUGGGAAGAACUGCUCUGCUCCGCCUUACAGCCCUGGCAGCUCUGGGCUAUUGCUGGGCUCCUGCUUGUACCCUUGACCCUGUGGAAUAUGUGGAGGAAUAGGAGAGAAGAUGAAGAUGAAGAUGAAGAUGAAGAUGAAGGUGAAGGUGAAGAUGAAGAUGAAGGUGAAGAUGAAGAUGAAGGUGAAGAUGAAGAUGAAGACAAUGGUGCAAAUGAUGAAGGACAUGCCAGGAAUGAAUUUGAGCAUGAUCGGGAUGAUAACCUUGGAAGAAUGGUAUUGGAGCGCAUCCAGUGGCCUGUGCAGGACCUGGUGAGCGGAUGCCAGUGGACAAGUCACCUCAUGAAAUGUUUUGCAGUUUACUUUACACGCGUCUUGUCCGACAGCUUCUACCCAGUCCUGCAAGAAGCCAUCGGGGUGGGCAGUGCCUUUGAGGGUUGGAGUCCCCGUGAGCAGGAUGUUGUGUACCAGGUGCUGGUACCCAUGACUCCUCCCCGAGGGCACAGCUUCCACCUGGAGCCGGACACUGCAGGGCAGAGGCAAGUGCGGAAUUUCCGGGUGCGCGUGCAGCAGGAGUGCACCUGUGGCAGUGCACAGCAGGGUAAGAACAUGCUGUGCUUCCUGCACCACCCCGAGGAGGAGCUGAGCAGGAAUCAGGAUCCCAGCCUCCUUGACACACUCUGCACCGACUCCUACCUAGACGUGCACAAAACUAACCGCUGGUUCUACCAGCUGGUGAGGGCAGUCUGGCCGGCUUUGCACCAGUCCCACAACUGGCAUUUAGUGCUGCUGCCCUCCAGGCGCUCCUGCCAAUUCAAGGUGACCAAUGGCAGAGAAAGCAUCCGCAUUGAGAUGCUCUUUGGGGUGCAGCAGGGUGACUCAGACGUAUUUGUAAGCAGUGAGCCCAGAGAAGCCUACACCUCAAGCACCAUCUGGCCAGAGAGCUAUGCCGUGGCAGAGAUUAAAUUCUUUGAGUACAUCGCCUGGCAGGCCCCCUCUGACAGCUUGCAUUUGGAAUGCCUGCAGUUCUUCACCCGUCUGCAGCUGGGCUUAGGCUUCUCCACCUAUACCAUCAAGACCAUUGUUAUGCAUCUCCUGAACACUUUUCCCGUGUCCCAGUGGCGCAGGAGACAUUUUGUGAGGCGACUGCUGGACAUCAGCGAGGGCCUUCGCACAUGUGUAGAAGCGAGAUGGCUCAAUCACUUCAUUGUGGGCAAUCGGAGGCUUCCUGAGGAGAUCAAUUUGCCUGUAGAGAUCCUAAUGGCCAGCCCAUGUAACCUCUUUCAUGACCUGGAGAUGGAUCCUGUUGCCCACUCCCAAGCCGUUAGUCAGUAUGUGGAUCUGUACUGGUGGCUCAAACGGAUAAUUAACAAUGAAGACUGA